AUGAGGAAGAGCCGAAGAUCUAGACAGGAGCCAGCAAAAAACCUUUCGCAUUUGGCGUCGCAGAUCCCCUACGUGAGUCCGGAGUGCGCAAGCUGGGGGUUUUAUCUUAUUCUGCAGCAGGGAUUUGGGAUCAGUCUCUUUGGAUUGUCCGGUGAGUUUAGAGUAUGGAAUCUGAUGGCGGACGCGAACCGAUCCGGUCUGCCGCGGCGGAAGAGGAGGUGCUGAAGAGGAAGAAUACUGAUUGCGUCUACUUCUUGGCUUCGCCAUUGACCUGCAAGAAGGGGAGUGAAUGUGAUUAUCGCCACAGUGAGGGUGCCAGAGUAAACCCCAGGGAUUGCUGGUAUUGGCUAAAUGGGGACUGCCUCAAUCCAAAAUGUUCCUUCCGCCAUCCGCCACUUGAUUUCAUGUUCGCAACGCCAAUGGCUAACUCAGGACCAACUCCACCACCAAGUCAGACCCCAGCAUCAGCAUUAACCCAAGCUGCCCGGACCCCUAAUAACAGCAGUAAACAAAGUGUUCCUUGCUACUAUUUUCAGUGGGGACAGUGUUUAAAAGGAGAAAGAUGCCCAUUCAUGCAUGAACCACAGCCUUCUAUCAACUUUGUUUCACAGCAGUUGUCAGCAAAGUCUUUGACAUUUUCUUCUGAAUCACGUCAAACAAAUGAGAAAAAGGCACAGAACAUAACUAAACAACAAAAUGUUGCUGAAAUCAGUUUUGAUAAUCCAAAGGUGUUUAUCAACAAGCAUGUUGGUGUGUUGCCUACAACUGCAAAAUUUGUUACUAAAGCUGGAAAUGUUUCGAGGCUUGAACUGUCUGAAAAUAAAACAUUUCAACGUUCGUCAGACAAUGAUCCUCCUCCCCUACCACAGAAUGGCGUAGUUAGUGAUAGCUACUUGCAAAGCCAAUCAUGGGGUCAGCAGGUGCAACACCCAGAUGACAAAACAGAUAAUGGUAAUAAGGAUGCUGAUGAGUUAUUACUGGAACAUUCUCCUGGUUUUGAUGUACUAGUAGAUGAUGAUAUUGAAGAUCCUGACUAUCAUGACAGCGAAGAUAAUUUCAGAAGAGUGUCUGCUCAUGGUUGUCAAAAUAUGGAAGCUGAAGAUGAAUACGAAUAUCACCAGAGUGAUUAUGAAACAAGGGCAGAGAUUGAAACUGAUUUACACAAUGAUAUUGGCCAAUAUGACAACUAUGGGCAGCUAUAUAGCAGAUAUGACCGGGAAUCAAAGACUUCUCACAGAAUUUUGGAAAGAUCACCAUCCCUUGAAAGAAGAGUAUUUGAUAGAGCUAUCCCCCCAGAGAUGGCAAUGGAUGGGUCAGAUUUGCGCUAUCAAUUGAUGAAACGGAGAAGGAUCAAUGAUUCAAGAUCUACCAGUAAUCAUGGUGUUCAUAGCCAGCACUACCGAAAAGAUGAACAGGAGAGACAUUAUGGUCGUCAUGCCCGAAAUAACACAAAAUUUACUUCUGAGAAGUCCAUCAGCAGUCGUCUGCAAGGCCGCAUUGCAUUUCCUGGGAGAACAACAUCAGAGCAAGAGAGGGGAAGGAGACCUCAGAGCAGAUUAUCACCAGUAACGCGAAUAAAUUACCAGUCAAGGGAUCCAGAAAGAACAAGACUGCUACCAAGUAAGGAAUUCAGCAAAGAUGAAAAGACUCGUAGAAACAGAAUACACCUCAGAGAUGGCACAGAGUCUUUAGAUUUUGCCAGCCCAAAGUCUCUUUCAGUGCUAAAAGGUAUAAAGAACAACAAAAAUAUUCAUGAUACUAGUUCUAAUCUUACAUUGAAUAAUGUCAAGUCCAAAAAGGUAGAGGGGGUUUAUAAAUCAGAAAAUCCUCCAUUUGAGGGUCCAUUGCCACUUGGUGCCAUCCUAAAGAGGAAAAGGGAGUCGACAUAUGCAGAGAAUAAAUUGUCUACUGGCCUACAUGAAAACAAUCAAGCUGGCGGAGGCCCUGCUAUCAAUGAAUCAGUUCCUCAACUAGAAGCCAGAAAUGGAGGCAGUUUCACGAUUGGUAGCCCUGAAGAGGAAGAAGUGAUCCCAACAGAAGAUGACCUAACAUAUGAUGCGGAAUCCCCAACUAAAGCUGAUGCCAUCGAAACUGAAGAUGGUAUGACAUUGGAGCAUGAGGAAGUGGAAGAGCUGGAAAAUUAUGACAGGCAAGAUGGUGAUUUUGAUUAUGAAUCAGGAGAGUAUAAAGUGGAUGAUGAAAACACAAUCCAAUCAGACGAAGCUGAUCUAGAUGACGACGACGACUUUGCUAGAAAGAUUAGUGUCAUGCUAUCUUAAAUGAAGACGGAGGAUGCUUUCUUAGCUUGCUGUUUCCAAAGAGGCCUCGCUCAAUCUUUGCGCAUGUCAUAAAACAACGACACAUUAAACUUCCGAAGUAAAAAAUGGAAAGCCAUUUCCUUUCUCAGUCUUCACACUGAAAAGAGGCCGCAGAUGGAAGGCUGGUUUGGGUGAUUUAAUUUUGUCAAGUUUGAUGUUGCUUAGCUGACCUUCGGUAACAUAUUUCUGAGUCUGCAAAAUGGUCUACUAAUGAAGAUUAACCCACGUGGGUUUAUUUAACAGCCUUAUUUGAUGUGUGUGUUCGUAUGGGUAAACAUAUGCUGAGGGUCAUUCGCUUUUAUUACGAAUGUAUUGCUCUCUUGGCAGACUAAUAAGGGAGAGUUUGGUCUCGGAGGUUCGUCUCAAUUGCAAUUUUCUUAUGAACCUUCAUUUGUUUUGAUUUGCACCAAGUGAUGUUUAACAGGGAUUUGGUGACUUGAGAAAGUAGAUUAUAUAGCAUGUGAUCCAUAAAUGGUUAUUGCCAAACCCCUAUAUUGUGGUGUGAUCCUUAAAGAUAUUGUGGCUAUCAUUGCUAGGAGUAUGCUAAAUACAAACGUGUAAUUCAAUCAUCACAAGCAACUUGACAUCCAUAAAUUCAUGUAUAUGUAUAUAUUUAUAUAUUUUAUCACAACUUGGCUUUUGCAC